AUGAGCAAACUUGUUGUUUUGUCUGGCAGUCUCUCCCGCUCCCUCCAUCUCCGCCCCUCCACCAGCACCUUCGUAUGUUCAGUACGAUGCGAAACUACUACAUCGACACGUCACCAAUCUACUGCCGCAGUAAUUCCACCAUUAACCGCACAGUUUCCGGUAGCCGAAAAAGUUGAAUCCAAGAGUCAAAAAGUGAUUGGACACUUUGCUAUGAUCGACGACUCGGCCCAUCUACAGGAGAAGAAGCCGUUGGUGGUGAUGUUGGGAUGGGGAGGGUGCAAUGACAAACAACUGGCCAAGGCUGGUCAAGUUUGGCUGGAUCAGGGGUGAGUUUGUUGACCUAAGCUGAAUAUUAUUACAAAUUAUUAGGUUGUUCAAAUAAUUAUGUGCCCUCUAAUCCUGAAGAUUCUCUGUUUUAACUUUCCCAUUUCCAGCUACGGCCUAGUCCGCUACUCAGCUCCAAUGGGCGAAGUAACAUCUCUACGUGACUAUCCAAAGUACGCCAAGUCUUUGUACUCGGCCAUCUCACAGAACCUACAAGGUCGUCAAAUCCUUCUGCACAUCUUCUCCAUGAAUGGCAUCAAUGUCUUCCUCAAGAUGUUCAAUCUCCUCGACAAGACCUCCGAAGGCAAGAAGGUGAUGUCAUCGAUCAAAGGAGUCAUUUUCGACUCCGCCCCCGCCGAUGUACCACCAGUACCAACCGCGAUGGCUUUUGCCAUGACCAUCUACCCACCAUACCCCAACGAGGAUCUUGUGAACAAGUAUUCUCGAAACUUGUUGUACACUUACUAUCUGGCCAAGUACUACGGUCAACGAUUGAAUGUGUACUUGAGGUCACUGAUGGGUCAGGAUGCGUAUGCUGAAUGGUUCGGCUUCUAUGGCAUCUCCAAGGUUAAACACAUUCUUCCGGCCAAGCAAAUGUACUUUUACUCAACGAAAGACUAUGUCUGUAAUGCCAAAGUGAUCGAGAAGUUCAUUGACAUGCAACCAGAAGAGGCGGAGGUGAAGAAGUUCAAGUUCACGGAUUCACAUCACGUUAUGCACUUCCGAAAGCACGCUGAAUUGUAUCAAAAUGAGUGCAAAAAGUUUGCGGAAGAAGCCUUCAAACAGUAA